AUGUUGCACGAACUCUCUCGGCGAAAGGACCAGCCACUUGGCCACAGGCCAGCAGCGGCGUCUUGGGUGCCGCCGCCGCACAGCGGGUACCACUUCGACGGCAGCAACAGGCGCUUUUUUGAGGGCUGGUAUUGGAAGGUCACCCUGCCUGACAACGGCCAGAGCUUUGCGCUGAUUUAUUCGGUGGAGGACCCCGGCAACAGCGGCAGCGGUGUGCGCGGCGUAGGCGCCCAGGUGAUGGGCGCCGACGAUGGAUACAUCUGCCAGUUCAGCCGCGACACCUCCCACUUUUGGGGCGCCCGCAACGGCCUGGAGCUGGGGGCAUGCUUCAAGCCCGCGCCUGCGGUGCAGCGGCAGGCGGUGCCGCGGAGGGUCGCGUCCCAGGCUGAGUUUGAUGCAUCUGUCGAGCUCGGCUUUCAAGCCAGCGCCACCUGGCAGCAGGGCGCCAUCAUCGCCUCCGAGGCCGGUGCCGCCGGAGCCCCCAUGUCCACGGUCCAGAACUGCUCUUGGGCGUUCAAGAUCAACCCCCUCACCGGCUGGGGCGACGCGGCCGGCGGCGCAGUGAAGAGCGGCAAGGCGACGGCCGGUUGGCUGAGCGUGCUCAGCGUGUUCGAGCCGCACUGGCAGGUGCUGAUGUCACACGGCACCGCCGACGGCUGGGUGCAGUGGGGCGACACCCGCUACGAGCUCAAGGGGGCGCAAGCGUACGCCGAGAAGAACUGGGGCGGUGGCUUCCCCUCCAAAUGGAUUUGGGUGCAGUGCAACACCUUUGACGGCAUGCCCGGCCUGAGCGUAACUGCCGUCGGCGCGCGGCGCGGGUUGCUCGGGGUCCCCGGCCUGGAGGAGGACGUGGGUAUGAUCGGGGUGCACCUGCCCAGCGGCAGGUUUCUGGAGCUGACGCCCUGGACUGGGGAGGUGGACUGGAGCGCGGACGAGUGGGGGCGGUGGCAGCUGAGAGCGCGGGGGCAGGGGCACGAGGCGGUGGUGGAGGCCACGUGCGCGCCAACGGCGGGGACGGUGCUCAGGGCGCCGACCGCGACGUCGGGCCUGGCGCCCCACUGCAAGGACACGUUCUUCGGCAGCUGCAGGCUGCGCGUGUGGCAGGUCGACAGCGCGGGCCGCCGCAGCGCGUCGCCGCUCGUGGACGCCACCAGCACCACUGCAGCGCUUGAGGUCGGCGGUGGGCCCUGGUGGACCGCUUGGUCAGCGCGCGCAGACAUGAAGGAGCCCUUCAGGUCGCUGGUGCAGCUGCCCAUCGACGUCGGCGCCAUCGCGCAGGCCGCGCCGCAGCCGCUGAAGCCGCCGGGGCUGUGA